AUGGAGACGAUUACAAGAAUCCUUCUCGGACUUGUCCUGAUGUGCUUCGCCAACGCCCUCAGCGACGAGGUGGUGGAAAGAUCAAGCUUGACUCCCCCAACUCCCCCAUGGCGAGGUUCCGCCGUCCUCUCCUACGACGCAGACUACGAGACUCCUACUCCCUCUCCAGACGAAUAUUCCUCUCCAGACCCAUAUACUUUCGAAGAGACGUGGUAUUUGCCAUCCAGCACCAUCGAGCCAUCGACGACGCCUCGUCCCCAGUAUUCCGCCAUUGUAACUGUUAGAACCACCACAUGGGUUCUCUCUCGAUCGACGACAAUCACCAGUAUAAUCCUCGAAACAUAUUAUUCGACUCUAACAGACAUCGAAAACUCGAACGAGGGAGGAACCGUAACGGAGACGGAGUCGGAUCCAUCCAGCUCAGCUCCGUGUGUAGCCGCGUCUGUCAAUCCUUCGGGAUACAGAUAUGAAUGCUCGUCUUCGUCUUCAUCGUCCGUUAGAGCCAUGACGACAAUAACUUGGUCGCCCGAGGUAUCCGCCUAUCCUCCGCCGUCAAUCUCAACCGAAGGCCGCGUGAGCCCAGCCUCUACAUCAACAACUUCGUCAUCAGCAUCAACAACAACAGCAACAGACGAGGGGACCGAAACUCCACCUGUAGUAACAGGAGCGGCACCACCUCUUCUCGGAAAAGCAGACACUCGCGCCAUGGGUGCCGUAGUCGCGCUGCUCGCCAUCCUAGCGUGA